AUGUUCGGCAAAAAAAAGACCCCGGCAGAGAUACUGCGGGAGAACAAACGCAUGCUCGACAAGGCCAUGCGUGAGCUGGAUCGCGAGCGCAUGGGCCUGCAGAACCAGGAAAAGAAGCUGAUAGGAGAGAUCAAGAAGAUGGCGAAGGAGGGCCAGCUGGAUGCGGUCAAGGUCAUGGCCAAGUCUCUCAUCCGCAAUCGCCACGCCGUCACCAAGCUUUACGGCCUCAAGUCGCAGCUGCAGGGCAUCUCGCUGCGGAUACAGACGCUUAAAAGCACGCAAGCGAUGGCGGAUGCAAUGGUGGGAGCCACGAAGGCGAUGCGUGUGAUGAACAAGCGGCUCAACCUGCCGAACAUGCAGAAGGUGCUGAUGGAGUUUGAGCGGCAGAAUGAGCGCAUGGAGAUGACCAGCGACAUGAUGGGCGAUGCCAUCGAUGAUGCGAUGGAGGGCGAGGGCGAAGCAGAUGAGACUGACGAGCUGGUCAGCCAGGUGCUGGAUGAGAUUGGCAUCAACCUUGGAAGCCAGAUGGUUAGCGCUCCAGAAAUGCCUGUUGCAGCCCCAGCCGCGGCGAUGCCGGUUGCGGCGAUGGAGGGACCCAUCGGCGGCGGCAGCGGCGCGGGGCCAACAAGCGGCAGCGGCGGCGCAGGCGGCGGAGGCGGUGCAGGCAUUGACGAAGACCUUCAGGCGCGGCUGGACAACCUGCGCAAGUCUUGA